CCAAAUCCUCCACCCAUCAACCCAACCUCCGCCCUCCUUCACCUUUGACGGCUACCUCUCUCGCGCUCUGCCCACGCUCGGCCUACCCUCCAAAGUUGCGCGUCCCAUUUGCCCCGACUUCCGCUCCUCCAACGGCACGCAAUGUCCACGAGGUCCAACUUGUCCCGAUCGGCACUAUGUGCCUCCCUCUGAACGCAGCGGCAUCGGCCAUCUGAUCUGCAAGCACUACCAACGUGGUCUUUGCAAGAAGGGCGAAGCCUGCGAAUUCGCCCACACGUUCAACCUCCGCGAUGAAAAAGAAUGCAAAGAAUUCAGCAGGUACGGGAUCUGUCCUCAAGGGGAUGAAUGUACGUCCUUACAUAUCCCUCCCACCGCGGAAGUGAGGAGGAUAGCGUGCGCGCAUUAUGCGAGAGGGUUUUGUCCGCUGGGGCCGUAUUGUGAGAGGAGACACGUGAAGCACCAGGCGUUGUGUCCGUAUUAUCUGGCCGGCUUCUGUCCGAAUGGGAGGGCGCAUCCGCCCGAUUCGGACAAGGUGGUCAGUUGUGAAUUUGGCGCUCACGCGAGGUGGACCAAGGAGGAGGAUAUGAAUCCGAGGAAACCCGAGGUGAGGAAGAUCAAGGAUGAAGAGACGUUGAAGAGGGAGCAGGAAGAGAGGGAGGACGAGUUCUAUGCGGAAGAAGACAGAAGACGAGAGAGGUUCGAGAGGGAAGGUGGUGGUGGCGGUGGGUGGAGAGGACGGGGACGUGGAAGUGGAAGAGGUGGCAGAGGUGGGUAUAGGAGCAAGAGAUACUGAGCCGAACAGCCCAGCAGUCGGGUCAACUAUGGAAUUGGCCAUUGCUCUUCAUUUUUGCUUGCGAAUUAGCGUGGCGUUGUGGAAGUGC